AUGGAGACAGACGGCAGCCAGCCCGGCCUCGCCUCCCCGGACUCCCCACACGACCCUUGCAAAAUGUUCAUCGGAGGACUGAGCUGGCAGACCACGCAAGAGGGCUUGCGGGAGUACUUCAGCCAGUUCGGCGAGGUGAAGGAGUGCCUGGUGAUGCGGGACCCGCUGACAAAGAGAUCCAGGGGCUUCGGGUUCGUCACGUUCAUGGACCAGGCUGGCGUCGACAAGGUCCUGGCCCAAUCCAGACAUGAACUGGACUCCAAGACGAUUGACCCGAAGGUAGCGUUCCCUCGCCGAGCACAGCCCAAGAUGGUGACCCGAACGAAGAAGAUAUUUGUGGGUGGUCUGUCUGUGAACACUACUGUGGAGGAUGUGAAACAAUAUUUUGAGCAGUUCGGGAAGGUGGAUGAUGCGAUGCUGAUGUUUGACAAGACAACCAACCGACACCGAGGAUUUGGAUUUGUCACAUUUGAAAGCGAAGACAUUGUGGAAAAAGUGUGUGAAAUCCACUUCCAUGAGAUCAACAACAAAAUGGUGGAGUGUAAAAAAGCUCAGCCGAAGGAGGUGAUGUCCCCAACGGGUUCUGCACGAGGGCGGUCCAGAGUAAUGCCUUACGGGAUGGAUGCCUUCAUGCUGGGGAUCGGCAUGCUGGGUUAUCCAGGCUUCCAGGCUGCCACCUAUGCGAGUCGAAGUUACACUGGCAUUGCACCUGGUUACACUUACCAGUUCCCUGAGUUCCGUGUAGAGCGGACCCCUCUCCCGAGUGCCCCCGUCCUCCCUGAGCUCACAGCAAUCCCCCUCACUGCGUACGGACCGAUGGCAGCAGCAGCGGCUGCAGCGGCCGUGGUGCGAGGGACAGGUAACUCCACUUUCCUCCCCAGCGUGGGUUCCACCCCCAGUCGCACCGGUGGGUUUCUGGGCACCACCAGUCCCGGGCCGAUGGCAGAGCUUUAUGGAGCCACCAACCAGGACUCAGGGGUCAGCAGUUACAUCAGCGCUGCCAGUCCAGCCCCGAGCACCGGCUUUGGACACAGCCUAGGGGGUCCCUUGAUUGCAACAGCUUUUACCAAUGGGUAUCACUGA